AGGCAGACGGUGCGCGUGAAGGCUAGCCAAAAUGCACAGAGUAACGGUGGCCCAGAUUUGGAGGACUCUGAGACAAAGCCGCUUUAUUCUCUCUUCCCGCUGAGAACACAAAGAAGAACCAAGAACCAAAUACAACAACAACAACCACCAUCGCCAAAUUCCUUACUCCUUUCUUCCAAAAGAAAAAACUCCUUUAACAAACAUCUCCAUCUCCUACAAGAUCCAAAAACGGACAAUACUAUGUUCUUCUUCUGUACCAGCCUUAUAUCCUUCAAGAUGGAUGAUGCUGGUCAUCUUGGUGUCUCUUCAGUGCCUGAUAGUCAAGAUGUAUGAAUGUCUGUGGAGAAGUUUGGUGAGGGAAGUGCUUGAGGUGGUCCAUAUACGCAUGUAGGAUAAAUAUUCAGUACAGCAAAAAGGAAAAUUUCUGCUCCUUGGCUAUUGUAGAAAUUGAAAAACUUAAUUCCAAAAUGAUCAACUGACCUUUUAAUCUCCGGAAGUGAUGUGCAAAAAUCUACAUUAUUUUAGGGGUUGAUUCUUUGGCCUUAAGUCUGAGCAACCCCUAGUUUAUGUAAUCAGGAAUAGGAGUAGUCAAACUGGAGAUUAGCUGAUAUUCUUAGGGGACACUAUGGAAGAAAGAGAUGAAAAUACUGAUACAGAAUCAAGACCUAAUAAUAAUGCUGAAGCAGUACAGGAAGCCAAGGCCAGUGACGAUAUGGAAGAAAGAGAUGAAAAUACUGGUGCAGAAUCAAGACUUAACAAUAAUGCUGAAUCUGUACAAAAAGCCAAGGCCAGCGACAAUGUGGAAGAAAGAGAUGAAAAGACUUAUGCAGAAUCAAGACCUAAUAAGAAUGCCGAAGCCAUACAAGAAGCCAAUGCCAGUGACGAUAUGGAGGAAAGAGAUGAAAAUACUGGUACAGAAUCAAUACCUAACAAUAAUGCUGAAGCUGUACAAGAAGCCAAUGCCAGCGACAAUAUGGAAGAAAGAGAUGAAAAUACUGGUACAGAAUCAAGACCUAAUAAUAAUGCUGAAGCUGUACAAGAAGCCAAGGCCAGUGACAAUAUGAAAGAAAGAGAUGGAAAUACUUAUACAGAAUCAAGACCGAAUAAUAAUGCAGAAGCCGCACAAGAAGGCAAGGCCAGUGACAAUAUGGAAGAAAGAGAUGAAAAUACAGAUACAGAAUCAAGACCUAAUAAAAUUGCUGAAGCCGUACAAGAAGCCAAGGCCAGUGUUGAAGUUGAAGUGCGAACUUGUCUUUCAAAUGAGCCAAUGUAUUCAGGUUAUCAGGAGUUGGGAACAACUCCAGAGUUUUCCAGAAAAACUGACGGUCCAGAUGAAGAAAAAGCAGGGGUCCAGCAGAAUAUGGAACUUGGUUCGGGAUAUUUGCUUAGUGAGUUGUCAGAAAAAGAUAAUCAGACCAUCUCUAAUCAUGCUGAUAAUGAUCAAGUUGAAGCUGGCAAUUCAUUAUCUAUUGAUAAAGAUACUAAAAAUUUAAAAUUGUCUAUUGAGGAUGAGACAACGACUCUUCUUAAUGAGUGCUCAGAACUUCCUCUUGAAGAUGUCACCAAAAAUUAUAUCGAAAAGAUGAACCCUCCUAUUGAAGAUUUAACUCAAAUUACUUCUAUCCAAAGUUUAGAAACAAUCCCCAGUAAUUCCCAACAAUUGGAUCACAAGGAUGAGAGAUUUUUUAAAUCAAAAAAGAAAAAUUAUAAGUUAAGGUCCCUUGUAAGCAGUGACAGAGUUUUGCGUUCAAGGACCCAAGAGAAAGCUAAAGCUCCUGAACCAAGUAAUGACUUGAAUAAUUUUACUGCUGAAGAGGAGGGAAAAAGGAAGAAGAAGAAGAAGAGAAAUAUACAAGGAAAGGGAGCAAGAGUGGAUGAGUAUUCAUCAAUCAGGAAUCAUUUGAGAUAUUUACUGAACCGCAUCAGAUAUGAACAGAGUUUGAUUGAAGCUUAUUCUAGUGAAGGCUGGAAAGGGUUCAGCUCAGAUAAAUUGAAGCCCGAAAAGGAACUUCAGCGGGCAUCAAAUGAAAUCAUGCGACGCAAAUUGAAAAUAAGAGAUCUAUUUCAACGUAUUGAUACACUUUGUGCUGAAGGGAGGCUUUCUGAAUCUUUGUUCGAUUCUGAAGGACAGAUAGACAGCGAGGAUAUAUUCUGUGCAAAAUGUGGAUCCAAAGAACUGUCCCUUGAAAAUGACAUCAUAUUAUGUGAUGGCAUUUGUGAUCGUGGGUUCCAUCAGUUCUGUUUAGAACCACCUUUGCUAAACACAGACAUUCCGCCGGAUGAUGAGGGAUGGCUGUGCCCUGGAUGUGAUUGCAAAGAUGACUGCUUGGAUCUUCUCAAUGAAUUUCAAGGAUCAAAUCUUUCAAUCACCGAUGGUUGGGAGAAAGUCUAUCCUGAGGCGGCGGCGGCGGCUGGACGAAAUUCUGAUGACACCUUAGGUCUUCCUUCAGAUGAUUCUGAAGAUGGUGAUUAUGAUCCUGAUAUUCCAGAUACUAUUGACCAGGACAAUGAAUUGAGUUCUGAUGAAUCAAGCUCUGAUCAGUCAAACUCUGAUACAUCUGGGUAUGCUUCUGCUUCUGAGGGAUUAGAGGUUCCACCCAAUGAUGACCAGUACUUAGGUCUCCCUUCUGAUGACUCUGAGGAUAAUGACUAUGAUCCGAGUGUUCCAGAACUAGAUGAGGGUGAUAGACAGGAAAGUUCAAGUUCUGACUUUACAUCUGAUUCUGAGGAUCUAGCUGCCCUUGAGAAUAACUGUUCUUCCAAAGAUGAUGACCUUGUGUCUUCAUUAAAUAAUACUUUGCCUGUGAAAAACACUAAUGGGCGAAGUUCUGGACCCAGCAAGAGUACACUACAUAAUGAGUUAUCAAGUCUACUAGACUCUGGUCUUGAUAAGGAUGGUCUUGAACCUAUUUCGGGAAGAAGGCAGGUUGAACGGUUGGAUUAUAAGAAGCUCCAUGACGAGACAUAUGGGAACGUUCCUACUGAGUCGAGCGAUGACACCUACGGGAGUACUUUGGACUCAAGUGAUGACAGAGGCUGUGAUAGUGGUACAAGGAAGAGAGGUCCUAAAACUCUGGUUCUUGCAUUGUCAAACAAUGGAUCCAAUGAUGAUUUGACUAAUGUAAAAACUAAACGCAGUUAUAAGAGGAGAACUCGUCAAAAGCCAGGUGCUAUAAAUGUGAAUAACUCUGUGACUGAAACUCCUGUAGACACUGCAAAAUCUAGUUCUUCUGUUAGGCAAUGCACAUCAUCAUCAAAUAGAAGACUCAGUCAACCUGCAUUGGAGAGACUUUUUGCAUCAUUCCAAGAAAAUGAGUAUCCCAAACGAGCUACAAAGGAGAGUUUAGCACAAGAACUAGGCCUCAAUCUGAAGCAGGUUAGCAAAUGGUUUGAGAACACGCGAUGGAGCACACGCCAUCCCUCAAGCGGUGGUAAGAAAGCAAAAAGUUCCUCAAGAAUGAGCAUUCAUUUAUCUCAGGCAAGUGGAGAACUAUCCAAGAAUGAGCAAGAAUCUGCAACAUGUUUCAGAGAUACUGAUAGCAAUGGUGCUCGACAUCAAGACUUACCAAUGGCAAAUAGUGUUGUGGCCUCAUGUCAGAGUGGGGAUACAGGGGAUAAGAAAUUGACAACUCGGAAAACUAAAAGAGGAGAAUCUUCUGCCACAAAAUCCAGAAAACGGAAGGGCAGGUCAGAUAACACGGCAUCAAAUUCAAAAGACAGGGAGGGAUCACCAAGGCCUCCUGCCAAGUCACCUAAAGUUAAUGAAACGCAAACAGCAGAUAGGUUUAAGACAAGGAGGAGGAGGUCCAUUUAGAUUCUGAAGUAUUGAUGCGUUCACAGGAAUUUAUUCGACCAUUCACCCUCUUCCAAGAACACAUUAGAUCAGAUGCGGGGAUUGUUUGAAGGGAGGUAAUUAUGAGAACAAUCCCAAUUGUUUGUAGGUUUUUGUGAUCAUAUUGAAAUUCCUCCUGAUCUAUUCCCUCGCGCAUAAAUGCUCAGUCUUAGUUACAUAAAUCUAGAGUUUGUUGUUAGAUAUUUAUUUGCAUUUUCAAGUGAAUGUUCUCAUCAGACCCUUCUCUUGAUAUGUGUUAAACAAUCAAUACCGCCAUCCAUUUAGUUGGAGAGAUCCUUCAGUUAAACAAGCCAUGUCCAGUAUGAGGUGACAUGAAUUCAUAUCAGCUGGUAGUAGUCCAUUUCUUGAAUCUUCUGCAGGGCCAUCUUUGACUUUUGCAAGCCAUGCCAACUUGAACGCCCCUGGGAAGGAAGCCAGGCAAAUAGAACUAUAGAGCUACAGCUACCCUUUGGCCUAAGAAGCGAUAGAUCACUUAUGGAAUAUGGAUGCAACAUCGCUCUGAAGUCCUAUUCAGUAGUUUAAUGUCCUUAUCUUUAUUGAAAAAUUUUGCAAUUAGUCCGGUUAUGAGAUUUUGAACUUUAGAUUUGGCAAAAUUGACACUAAUGUCGAAUUAGUUCUGUGUACACAUUGAAAGAAAUUGGAUCUCCUGCAGUUGGAACCUACAUUUAUCAAAUUUAAUGAGUAAAAGUGUUGUCAGCGACUCAAAUUGGUAUCAAAUGAUCCUCCGUGUUGAUGGAGCUUACUUCCAAGUUUUCUAGAUGUUUUCAUCUUGUAAUUCAAUGGAAUCUUAGCUCUGGGUGGCCGUGAUCUAGUACUGGGACAUUUCUCCCUAAUGGGAGACCACAGGAAGAGAUGACUGAAGCAAGAAUCUUAAAGUUUAUAAUUAUUAUUGUUCUUUUUUUCUUCCCCCUUACAGCCUACUUACUUAGUUUGAUGUAAUUUGUAUACACUACAUCUUAUGGUUGAAACAAAUCAGGCCUCUUGUGUUUCAUCAAGCAGAAGAGAUAUAACAUUAAUGAUGCAUCUUCCUGAUUUCACAUUGGAUUCUAGCUCUUCUCCUAAGUUAGUCAUGUGCUUGAUAUAUAUGAAUGAGCUAUUGGACGCAAUAGGAAUGAAGAAGACAAUCCCAUAUUAUUACAACAGACAGAAUUAAAGUCGGAGAUUCAGGUCGAGCUUGAAUGGUUCCAUUGGUGGUUCUCGUGGUGGUGGUGGCUCUGGGAGAAUCUGAUGUUGAGCGAAACGGAAGCUUCCUGGCCACAUAAAGUCCGUGGCAUCCCCCAACAUGAAAGGUGCUGCCCACGAACCAUUUUUAACAUGAUUAAAUCUUGCUACAACUGCAGUGUCUUCCCUGCCUGGUUUGUGCACAAGUGAAUGUGGUUGAACACCAAGUGAUCUAACCAUAGAAUUAUGAAUUGGAAGACCAAGCAAAGUCAUCAUUUUAUGAGCUUGGUGCCUUCUAGCUGCACUUCUCUCCCUCUUGUGGGCAUUCUGGUGGCCUCCUAAUGCUUGUGAACUGUAAAAUAUUCUUUUACAGAAGUUGCAUGAAAAAGUCUUGGUUGAAGCAGCAGAUCUUUGUGAAUCAUUUAAAGGCUGUUUGUUCCUUCCCAAGCUCAAGCUCAGCCACUCCAAAGCUCCAACACCAUCAGAUGAAGAAAUGCUGAGAAAAACUAUAAGGAUGUAAGUGCAAGUUUUUGGUAUAUAUGUUUUUUGCAUUUCUUAUCUUCUCAUUCUCUCCCGACCAUUAGUGGUCCAGUGGACAAUGCUUAGGUCAUCUCUACUGUUUCCCUUUCAAACUAAAGGAUUCCCCACUACUUCCAUCAAUCUUUCCCAUCCCAAUUUCUCAAAUUAUACCACCUUUUUUUUUUUUUUUUUUUACGUUUGAGAUGCUCUCAGAAAAUCAGAUAUUCAACUGCUUUGAUUGGAUUAUUUAUCUCGACCGAAUCAUUAUCGGUUAAUCUAGAUAUCUUUGAAGUGUUAGGUUCACAUCAUGGUCACUAACUUAAUUUCUUUAGGAUAUUGAAUAUUCUAUUGAAAUUUUCUACGCUAAAUGUUUGAAAUUAGAUAGUUUUCUUGUGAGAUUAAAUGCCAAAAUGUUAUAGUUCUUUUGAUGUUCGCCAUUAUGAAAAUUAAAAAAAAAAAAAAAAAAAAAAAAAAAA